UAAAUUUCGUUCACACGUGCGUAGCAAAAAAAAAAGGAAAUACAAUACGUCGGUAAAUCAGAUCUCUGACAACGUACACGGACGAGAAUACAAAGGAUCUGCUGUCACGCAGCCGUUACGUUAGAACGUUUGGGCAACUGUCAGUUUCUGAGCUGAUUCGUGCAAGAGGACACUUUUCUACGCGUUUUUAAAUGUAAUUCCACGGGACAAUUUAAAUUUAUACGUUUAAGGACACUUGUGAUAAAGAACAGACUCAGAAUGGCUCAGCGCUCGCAAAACUAUGGAUCUACGGAUCAACGGGUGGAUGUACCUGAAAUAGGAUUUAGUCCUACUGAACUUUAUAGUCUCAGUGAAAAUAUUACCACUAACAUAUAUACAAUUAAUACAAGUUGGAAAACUUUGGAAAGAGCUUAUAAAAACAUUGGAACCAGUAAGGAUAAUCAAGGUUUAAGAGACAAAGUACAUGUAACACAAUUAAGUACCAAUCAGGUGGUCACACAGACAAGUAAGGACAUAGCGAGACUAACGGUAUUGAUGAGGCGCGGAGAUAAACAGCAGAAAUUACAAAUUGAAAAACUCACAACAGACUUUAAAGAUGCAUUACAGAGAUAUUCCGAUAUGCAAAAGUCAAUUGCAGAGAAGAUGAAGAGACAUAUUUUAGCUAUAACUAAUCUAGAAAAUUCAAUGGAUGGGGAAGAUGCUGAAGAGACUCAACAGCUACUUCAAGUACAGGAACACCAACAUAGGACUACACAAAGGACACUCGAGUUUCAACAAGGACUACUGUUAGAGAGAGAAGAUAGGAUUAAACGAAUUGAAGGAGAUAUUCUGGAUGUGAAUCAAAUUAUGCGCGAACUCGCAGCAUUGGUACAUCAACAAGGUGAUACUAUUGAUACGAUUGACAACCAUAUAGAAAAUAUACAUGGCAAUGUGGAGUUAGGAGCGCAGGAACUUGUGAAGGGAAGUAAUUACCAAAGUAAAUUUCGUCGGAAAGUUUACAUCUUGUUGUUACUUGCGAUUAUAGUUGCCAUUGUAUUAACUGUUAUUCUAGUCAUUAAAUUAAGUUAGCGCUCCUAGCCUCUGUGCGGGUUUUACCAAUAAAUGAAAAGGGUUGUCUCAAUCUAUUCAUAAAGUUGAUUAACUUCUUUAAAGUUCAUCUUGGUUUCUCUAUUUCUAUACAUUAGAAAUACAAAUGUAAGGAGAGUAUAGAGACUUAUUUGAUAUCUGCUUACGAAUAUAAAUUAUCUCUUGUAUUUUUGAAGAGAUAUGUUAGAUAUUUUAAAAUUUUAUCAAACAAUAUUUCACAUGUAAAAAAUGAAUUUUUAUGGAGCUUUUUUCUUAAUUUUAUUUUUGCACUUUCAAUACAGGCGCGAAUUAUUGCUAUUACUGAGUAAAUUAUUGAAGUAUAUUGUCAAAAAAGUUCAUGAUACCUUUAUCUUAAUUGGCACCUUUAUUUGUACCUCUAUAAAUAAAAUACUUAUUUUGAUAUUUUAAUUAUAUUAUUAUUUGGUUUAAAUUUAAUAAUAUUAUUUAAUAAUAUUAUUUAUUUUAAAUUUAAUAAUAUAAUUUUAAUUUUUUUAUAUUAUAAUAUAAAUUAUAUAAAUAAUUUCAUAAUCCUAAAAAAAAAAUCCUAUAUAUCAUAAGUAUUAUAUUGACAGAGAGGAUGUUAGGAACAUUCUUCUCAUGUUGUAUGCUUCAAUUACUUUAAAAUACGUAAUAGUGAUACAUAAACGUCAAUAAUAAAAUUUACAAAAAUUUGUUAAUAUCUUUUUAUAGCUUCAAAAAUUAUAUAUUGUUGAUACUAUGUAUUAAUCGACUGAUUCUUUAGUAAAUGUAUCUAUAUUUAAAAUAUUACAUAAAGAAAUUAAGUUCUUUAGAACUAUUUGUAAACAGAUUUAUAUAAAUAGGCAGAGGAAUCAAGUUUUUUUUGCAUCUAUUAACAUUAAACUGCGCAAAUGAAAUGUUUAUUGUCAUGUCAUCAUCACCACAUGGAAUAAUAUUUAAUAAAUAAUGAUGCAUAUAUACAUAUAUAUAUUUAUAAGUAAAUUAAUAUAAAACUUUGCAUAUACAUAUACAUAUUAAUUAUAUUUGUAUAAAAAAUUUGUAUAAAUGGUUGGUUAUUUUUGAAUUACCAAUCAAAAUAGAUUUUUUUGUUAUUGUACACAAACCAUUUGCAUAUAUAUUACUAACUGUAAUUGAUUUAAUAAUGUUACAGUACAAAUUAAACUAAUCAUUAAGUCAAAUGGAUAAAAAUUGCAAGUUGACAUAUAAUUUAUUUAAGGCAUUUUCAAUUCUAUUGAUACAAAGAUAAUUCUUCUAGUGAAAUUGUAUUAAUUGGCUAUUGCAUAAGAAUCAGAGUGUUAAAUCUAUGCAUAUGCGUUUUCCAAAUUACAAUUUUAUUUCAAUUCAAUUUUAUCAAUUGUAUAUUUUCUUAAGCUUAUAAAAUUCCACAAUUUUAUUGUGAAAAUUACCUUAGUAAUCUGGAAACUACUUUGGAUGUUAAUUUCAUCAAUAUAAUUGUCAAAAAUAAUUUUCUUUAACAAUAGAAAUAUCUGAAAAUAGCAUCAUAGAUUAAAUUUAUCGAAACUAUAACAAAACAAAUAUGUACAAAAUAAUAACAUGUAUAUGUAUCUCAAAAGUUUUCUUCAAGAUUUGAAAUAUCACCGCGUCUGAUUCAAUUAAUCAAAAUGAUUGUUUAUAAUUACAUCAUUAAAGUGAUAUCGCCUAUAUAAGGUGAGAUUUGAGAUUGUAGGUGUUGAUAAAUAUAAAGAGGAAAAAUCUCUCGACUCGAUUGAGACAACCACUUUUUUAUGAUUACUCGAUUCUGAUAUGAUUAUUAGGCAUUCCGGAUCCUUAAAAAUCCAACAUAUAAUAUAUAAUUAAGAUUAUAAUCUCUGACUACUGUAUAUAUAAUUAAUCAUUAACAUCCUUUAAAUAAAUAGUGCUAUAACAUUGAUAAUGAUACUUGCGCUAAUGUCAAGUAUAAGCUUUAUUAUGCCAUUGUUGAUUUGUAUAUGCUAAAUUAGACAUUAAAUUAUGAUUUGUUUUUUGAAAAUAAAAAUUUUUUUAUAUCCUGUA